CUGCCCCCCAACCGUUCCUCCCGGCCGCCAGGGGGCGCACGCGCCCCGCGGGCCCGCGCCUCAGGGGCGACGGCGGCGGCGACUGAGGCGAGGUCAUGGCGGACCGGCUUACACAGCUGCAGGACGCCGUCAACUCGCUCGCGGACCAGUUCUGUAACGCCAUCGGGGUGCUGCAGCAGUGCGGCCCGCCCGCCUCCUUCAGCAACAUCCAGACGGCCAUAAACAAGGAUCAGCCCGUGAACCCCACGGAGGAGUAUGCCCAGCUGUUCGCAGCUCUGAUCGCUCGCACUGCCAAGGAUAUCGAUGUUCUCAUAGAUUCCCUGCCCAGUGAAGAAUCCACAGCAGCUUUGCAGGCUGCGAGCCUGCACCGGCUGGAGGAGGAGAACCACGAGGCGGCGGCGCGGCUGGAGGAGGUGGUGUACCGCGGGGAUGUGCUGCUCGAGAAGAUCCAGAGCGCCCUGGCCGACAUCGCCCAGUCGCAGCUGAAGACGCGCAGCGGCACCCACAGCCAGCCCCUGCCCGACUCGUAGCGCCAGGGGGCAGCGCGGCCCUGCCCGAGAGCCUCGGGAACGCCUCUGGGUACCGCGGCAAUGGCUGGGCUGGCCCGGCCCUCCCGCGGGGCUGCCCGCGCUCGGCUCCGCGGCGGGAGCGGCGGCUUUGGGCAGCUCGGCUGCGGGUUUGGUGUGAGAAACGCUUCUACAGGGGCUCUGUUACGGAUCGGCGUGGAUUGAUGUUUCUUUGAUUUAAAACGAGCUUUCUGUUCACAAAUACGACUUCGAUAGAAUUUGUUACCUAUUACAAGUAUUUAUAAAAGUUAAUCCCACUAUCAUCGUGGUAUGGUUUUUUUUGUAAGCCUCAGACACGUAGGAGUUGGCCAGAGUUCCCUGGAGACAGUACUGUGAAUGCAGUGAUGGUCAUGUUUUAAUUAACAGCACUGGUAAUGUUGAUUGGCUGCUUUACCACCCUUUACAGAGCAUGGGAAAGGAUAAGUAAACUCUGAUGUUUACAGAGUGAUUGUUCUUGUCAUUGGCAUUGCAUUUACAAAGAAAUAAAACUGCAGGUGUCUGAUAUUGACAUUUCUUGUUUGUAAUGAGCCUUCGAGUCCAUUGUUGCCACUGACACAUUUGCUCUUGCUUGUGCUAUUUCUCUGCUUUUACUGCUAUUCUGUAUUUUCUUGGCAACUGGUGAGUGCCUCUAAAGCAGGCAGUGAUGAGGAAGCAUUGGAUGACUGGAUAAAAAUCAGCAGUGAGAAAUCUGAAGAUAGCUUAUUACAUAAAGUUGCUUUUCAGUGUAAGCAGUGGCUGCCAUGUGGAUGCUGUGAUCAUAA